AUGUUCAAGUCACUCGCCUUUGCCGUUGCUGCUCUCGCCGUCGUCUCAAGCGCAUCUGCCGAUGGACCUGCCCGUUUGGACGACGCCCACACGCUAUCCAAACGAAUGCUCGAUGGUCAGCACGCUUUCUCGAUGACCAUUCCGCUUGCCACGGGCGUCUACAGCCUCUCCUUUGCUGCGACAGUGGCAAAGGAUGCCGUCACCAAAGUCAUCCACGUAGGCAAUCUCGGUCACUGCAAUGCGGAAGCUCUUGGGGGUAAUGUCGUGGGCGGUGGCAAGGACGAAUACUCGAGCGUCCACAUCCAUACCGCCGCUCAACCUGGUACAACGUAUCCCGUCAUCGAUCUGACCAUCUCAAUCUACAUCGGUACUGCUGGCAUCCGUUACAACAUUGCUUCGUACACACUUGACGGCAAGCCAAUGACGACGACCGAACACAUUGGCUACAGCAUGGCCGUGGAUGGAUUCCCGAUGACUUGGACUGACCCAGUCGCUCCUUAG